AUGACCGAGGCCAGGAACGAAGCCACGCCACCACCAACCACAUCACUACCAACCACAUCACCUUCUACCACAUCACCACUUACCACAUCACCACUUACCACAUCACCACCAACCACGCCACCACCAACCACAUCACCACCAACCACAUCACUACCAACCACAUCACCUACUCCUACGCCACCACCAACCACAUCAAAUACACCAACCACAUCACCUACUACCACAUCACCACCAACCACGCCACCACCAACCACAUCACUACCAACCACAUCACCACAAACCACAUCACCACCAACCACAUCACCACUUACCACAUCACCACCAACCACGCCACCACCAACCACAUUACCAACCAACCACAUCACCUACUACUCACCACCAUCAACAUCACCACCGACCACAUCACCACUUACCACAUCACCACCAACCACGCCACCACCAACCACAUUACCAACCAACCACAUCACCUACUACCACAUCACCAUCAACCACUUCCUGUCGGUCCGCUGGAGGUGGUACACGCUGUCUGAGCUGACGAUCGAGAUGAUCCCAGAGAUGUUGAAUGUGUAUGCGUUGACGGUGUGGGGUCAAGGCCGUCCUACGGAAGGGGCGGUAGGCUCUAUACCAGCCAUACCAAGUCGUUGCCGAAGGUCUGUUCGUCUGCUGAUGGUGUGUCCUAGUGCUGUCGCCGCCGUUGACGUCGCCAUCACGAAUCUGUUCCGGAGUUGGAUCUACCAGAUGAAGCGGUCUUUGACCGGUUUUGGGGUCUCCGUUUUCCCUAUCUUGCGAGGUCUCGGAUCUGGCCUGUUUGCUGUUGAGGGAUGUGCAGCACUUGUUGCUAGUGAUGAGACGUCCGACAUUGCUGUCGUCGACCCAGUCAGGACGAUCCUGCAAGACAUCACUGUCAGCUCAAAUGUCAGCGCUGUUGCAGUUGGGGAGAGACAGAGUGAUGAGUCCUUCACUCUGUGCUUCAUCAGUAAUGCCCCUUCGUCGUAA